CUACAAGAUGUCGUCACGACUGGACUCGGAUUUUGCGCGCCUAGGUCAAUUGCCUCGGGAAGAGCGGCGCGAUCGACAGGAAGGUAGCGCCGAUUCAAUCGAGAGAGGCUUGAAGGUGUUCUCUUCUCUUUACUCCGUGGGGUUUUUGAUGAGGGCUGGGCGAAUUGAAUAAGCGAGAUACAACCAAAAGUCACCAACUUUCAACUUUUAUAUCUUUGAUUAAGAUUCAAAUUACUCCUCUUUACAAAAUAGGUUGACCUAUAAUAGCUAGAAGGGAAUAUUCAUUUUAAGUAUAGCGAUGCAAGGAAGUAACUGACUUGGAUAAUGUUAGCGCGAUUCUCUCACUCAAGGCCUUGGUGAGAGCCUGAGGUGCCAGUCGUCAUCAAAAACCCCACCGAGUAACAUCCUCGCUUCGUCCAAAAUAAAAAAGUCAUGGAAUGUUCCUUGAAACGACGCGGGUAUUGAUCUUCUCUUGUUCGUCAUAUGAUUCAUUUGCCUCUCCCAGUCUCAGCAUGUCCGCCCCCCUUCGUCAACCAGUGUGCUGGAUCUGCCGAUCAUACAGUAGAGAUGUCUGUGGCGCUCCGAGGUCUGCGUCGCUGAAGCCAGCGCGGAUUAGCUUUUCCCCUCUGGAGAUCUGGACUGCUUACCCCUCAUCUUCGAUAUUUCUCAGAUGAACUCAAUUCUCGUCUUGCAGUAGGCUGUGCACCACUGCAGGUUCCCCUUUGCUGUGCAUCAAUUAGAUCGUCACUCGGAAUUUGGUCAGUAAGCUUGGGGCUUGGUGGGCAUUCCUGGAUAUCUUGACAUUCUCAACUCCAGUACUCCAGUUUCAUUCCAAUUACGAGCCUCCCCAAUUAAAUCACUACACAUUACCACGUCGCGCUGUCCGUGGGUGGCAACCCAAAUUUAUGUCCUUGUUUUCUUCCUUUUCCUCGCUUCCGGAUAUCGUGUUUUCCAUCAAUUCGCCCACGACCGCCCUGCCAAGAUCUUGUUCCUGCAUUGGGCCUGGAUACCAAGCAAUCUUUCAUUCCGGGAUCCAUUCCCGCUCCGCUGGGAUCGCCCGCAGUCGUUCGUGGUUGAAGUUGCGGUCGAGACUGCGUUGGCAGUGUGGUGGACGUUUUGGGCUCUCACUUCAUAAGCCAAUCAGCACACCCAGUCAGCAAGUAAUUUCCACAUCCGCACUUGGACGCUCACAACAUCUUUGGCAAUGUCCAAUAGGCAAUUGAGGUACGACUAUGGUCUUUCGACACGUCCUCUUGCAUGCAGCCUUAUGAAACGCAAAAGCUCGGCAUCAAUCUCAGUCGUGAUCAAAUACUUUGUGGUUCCCGAGAUCUCAAGUCAGGCAAAAGCGCUGCUUUCACAAUGACUUCGCUAAAGGCUCUGCUACUGCUACUCGCAUCCAACUUGCUUGCAUUGCAAGUCGCAGCAACAGCACAUGAACAUCAACAUCAACACCAACACAUCCAUGAGCAACGACAUGCGGAGCCUAUUGAAGAGCCUCUUGAGGAGCACAACUCUACACUAGAGUCUCGCUAUGUCCUUUCCUACCCCUACAACCCACUCAGCCCGUUGAAGCGAGGUCUCCCAUUCAACAACCCUUCUAAGUACAUCCAAAGCUUCAAAGGAGCAGGCAGUAAGAUCGCAUGGGCAUAUAACUGGGACUCGUACAUGGACCCGGGGUUCCCGACAAACAUCGAAUUCGUUCCAAUGCUCUGGGGAGACGGCGCUGACCACACGACGAACUGGGUCAAAAACGUCAACGAUGCCAUCAACCGCGGAUCUCGCCACAUCGUUGCUUUCAACGAGCCAGAUGGAUGCGUUGGAGGAGGAUCCUGCAUGUCUCCCCAACAGGCCGUCAACGCCUACAAGAAGUACAUCCAACCCUUCAAAGGCAGAGCAUACCUAGGCGCACCAGCCGUCACGAACGGCCCCGCUGGUCUUCCAUGGCUCAAGGAAUUCCUCCGAUUGUGCACCGGCUGUCAAGUCGACUUUCUUCCCGUACAUUGGUAUGAUAGUGCGACCAAUGAUGCUUGGUUUAAGCUGUAUAUGUCCCAAGCAUAUGCCGCAACCGGAAAUCUCAAGCUCAAGCUUUGGGUGACUGAGUUCAAUGGCGCUGGCACAGCUGCUCAGAAAACAGAUUUUCUCCGCCGCAUCAUGCCAUGGAUGGACUCCCAAAGCUACAUUGCGCGCUACUCGUGGUUUUGGUGCGAUCCGAAAUCCACGAUGGGCCCUCUCGUCGACGGCAGUGGCAACCCGAGCGCGCUCGGCAAUGUUUAUACUUACUCCUGAUCGCGGAGUCCUUACUUAAGAAUGGGCUUGGGUAUAUAUGGAUGUUUCCGGCGCUCAAAAAAGUAUGUACAGUGGCGCACUGGUGCUUAUAUACUGGGGGUUCUUGAUGAAAGGGGUGUUCGGUGUUCUUUUCGCGGACGGCUGAGGACUUACCUACGAUAUCCCCUUUCAUGUUCAGGUGUUCUUGCUUUAUUUCUCCGGCCAGCAGGCACAUUUACCAUUUUAUGUAGAGUCAAUAGAAAGUCCUU